CAAAUCAGGACACCAUGUUGAAUUGAUGUUUUGAGCCAAAUCGCUGGCACUACUCGAGAGUUUAGUUUGGUUUUAUGUCUUCUAAAAGAGUCUCCGCCUGUUAGACGACAACAGAACCGUGCUCAGGGAAACAAUGAAGCUAACAGACAUAAAGAAGUUAAAAGUAGCCGAGCUCCGGUCCAGACUUAAAGAACUCAAUCUGGACUGCAGGGGACUGAAGGCUGAGCUGGUGGACAGGCUGUGGUCAGCAACAGAGGCUGGACUAAGUGGGAAAGACGUGGACGAAGAGCUAAGACUACAGAAUGACAGCGUAAAUACACUAAUUUCAACGACUGAGGCAGUUUCAUCGGCACCAUCGCCGGCAGAGAGUGAGGUUAGUGUUCGGAGUGAAAGUGUCAGAAAGUUUACAGACUGUGGCACACAGACAGACAGAGAUACAACUCCAACAGCACACCAACAGAGCUCUAAAGCAGACGGUGAUGUUGGUCUGACAGCACAACAACAACAACAAGGCUCUAAAAGGGACAUUAGUACUACUCUGACAACACAGCAACAAGGCUCUGAGUGUAUUUCAGAGUGUGUUCCUGGAUUACACCAACCAGAGGAGAGAGCACCAGGAGAGAACCAGAGAGCUCAUCCAUCAGAGGAGAGGAGCAGAGGAAGAGCUUUCUACGAGUUCAAAGAGGAGAUUCGAUACAAAAGAGCCAAGUCACCACAACCUCCACUGGACAGAGAGCAGGCAGAGGAGGAAGAUGAAAACAAAGUCAGACUAGAUCUGUAUAACGGUCACCUCCACUUUGAGGUGGGUCCUGAUCGUACAUAUGGCCAGCCUCGAUUCUGGGAACGAUUCCCCCUGCUGUGGUCUGGCUGCAGGCUCACCCAUGGGGUGCUGCAAGGCAGGGUGGGCUUUGAAGUGAGGCUGGAAAGAAAGUUGAUGCCGUCACAGCAGGAGAAAGAUGCAGACACUGGCUUUUACGGCCUGAGAGUUGGUUGGUCGAUGGCCAACAGUUCUUUACUGCUGGGUGAAGACAAAGUCUCUUUUGCUUAUGAUGGUCGUGGUAAAAAAGUGUCAGGUGGUAAGGAAGAAGACUUUGGAUCUACAGUUUCAGAGGGAGAUAUCAUUGGCUGUUAUGCCGUUUUCUCCACAGAUGGUGCUGUUGAGCUCUCCUUCCAUAAAAACGGGCGUUUCAUGGGUACUGCCUUUUCCCUUGGUGCAUCUGUGCUUCAGGGUGGUGCUCUGUUCCCUCAAAUCCUCUGUAAGAGUUGUUUGGUCAGACUCCACCUAGAUCCCACAGCUCCGCCCUGGUACCCUGGCCCUCCUGGGUUUACACCUCUGGCAGCUGUUCCUGCUGAGCGGAGGGUCCGUGCCACGUUGGCUCCUACCGUCAGGACACAGUGCAAGGUUUUAUUGAUGGUGGGUCUUCCUGGUUCAGGGAAGAGUUGCUGGGCUCAGACUCACAUGAAGCAGCACCCAGAGAAACAGUACAGACUGCUGAGCACAGAGGAGCUGCUGGCAUGUAUGCUGAAUGGUGGACAGAGGGACAGCAGGCUGCAGCAGGCUUCACAGUGUCUUACUGAAGUGAUCAAGACGGCUGCUCAGUCUCCUGGCAACUAUAUCCUCGACCAGUGUAACAUCCUCUUUUCUGCACGCGGCCACAAGCUCCAGCUGUUUGCAGGCUUCAGGCGCCGAGUGGUGGUAGUGUUCCCCUCAGCCGAGGAGUGGAGAAGACGACUGUCCCAGCAGGAGAUGAGUGAAGGAGAGAAGAUCCCUGAGACCUCCCUGCUCAAACUGCAAGCGAGCUGCAGUCUCCCUGAGCAGCACAGCGAGCUGCAGGAGGAGCUGCUGUAUGUGGAGCUUCCUCAGGAACAGGCACAGACGCUCCUGCAGGUGUACAAAGAUGAGGCUCGCAGACUGUUGCCCCCCAACCCCAAACAGGAGAAGAAGAAACCUCGGCUUCACAAGAAGAGACCUUAUCCUCUAGGCCCUCCACCCCCACAGAGGAUCCAGUGGACUGGACAUUAUGGGUGGAACGACAUGAACUUUCAGCUGUGGAGGCAGCAGCCAGCAUAUUGGAACAUGGGGUUUUUCGACUGUGGAUACAAAGGCUACUGAUGAAAAACCUGGAGCCUGCAGAUACACAUGCAGCUGCAUUGUUUGUUUUUAUGGUGUGGUACUAUUUUACUCAGGCUCUUAGUUAAAAAGGAGAGGUAACUACAGUCCAUCAGCAAGUAAUGCUAUGCAGAGAUAAUCAUGUUUAAUGUUUACACUGUAAACCAGGUCCCUUUUAGGAUUUUAUUAAACCUGUUUUUAAACCUAUCACCUGAUUCUCCUGUACAGUGUAAUAUAAAAAUACAGUAUUUUAGCACCAGCAUUGGUCAGAGGGUGCUAAAAGACAAAGGAAUAAAUACCUAAACUCUAAUAUUUU